AUGAAUGGGAGCUCGACUCCUCCAAUGGAAGGCCGUCGGAGUCCAAAUCCGCGUUCAAAUCGUAAUUCAACUAUCUCAAACCGCAACUCCAUUAUCUCCAAUAAUCGCAAUUCGACAAUCUCAAACCGCAACUCCAUGCCGCAUCUCGACCCUUCGCCAAUGCUCCGAAGCUAUUCGACACCAGGCGGGAUCUCACACGACUUCCUGGAGGAUAUGGAACCUCCGCCUGUUAUUCCUGCAGCUAUUGAAGAGGGUGCAUCACCGCGCCGCUCGCGUCCGAGCUCACCCCAUAGUAUACGCUGGGGAGACGAGGAAAACGAGGAUGACCCGCGUGAAGGCUACACAACACCCAGGCGACGUGGUUCGGGCACGUCGGAGUCUACAACAGCGUGGGAUAUGUCGCCUGGAGGUGCCAGUUCUAUUGGUAGAAACGGCGAUGCAGGGCCGGUAACAACAGCUGCACGUGCCCGUAAGCGAGUGGGAAUGUUCUUUAGCGGUCUUGCCGGAGACAACCCUUCUACGACUUCACUGGACGACGAGGUGGUAUAUGAUGGGUCUGCAACUCCGGGUUCUAGGAUGAGCGCGAAUUAUCCGAGGAGGGGGGACUACUCUGGCGAUGAAACGGAAACACCAAUUGCGGCGAAGAAAACUGGCUUUUUCUCGAAGCUGAAACAUCUAGGGCAUGGGAGCCACGGCAGAACACUUUCUGGGUGGACUGUCGAUUCAAUGGACGAUGGAGGACAAACCCCUGGUGGACCACUCACACCCGCCGUGUACUCGCCAGCUAUUGGUGGUAUUCCGGAUGAAGAUGAAGAAUAUAUUGAUAUGGAUGAUUACAGAAGGUCUAUGAGCCAGAACUCAGCGGGCGGGGGCGGGUCGAGAACUGCACCUGGGACGCCAAAACACCCUGUCCCAAGACGAAGAGCCACGAUCACUGACAUUACCGAAGAGGCAAGGACCCGCGACCGGAGUUCCAGAGUAAGCUACUCUCGUAGAUCUUCCUUUAGAAGGAUAACCCAGUUCAGCCACAACCGUAGGUCAGUUGACGGCGCCGAAGGAGUAGGUGGAAUACCGCCAUCACCUGGGACGCCUGGAUAUCAUAAUACUUCCAAAUGGAGAGCUCUCAAAGCCGGUAUCAAAAUGAUGGGCCAGCGCAAAAAAGAGGAAUCUAAGAUUGAUCGCGAAAAGUCGGCCGAGUUGAUGGCAGAACUGACCGCAGCGACACCAGCGGUGGUCAUCUUGGCGAGUAUGUUUCAGCGAGACGAGCACGGAAACAAGCGAAUACCCAUUCUACUAGAACAAUUGAAGGUCAAGAUCUCGGAUACAGACAAGCACCCAUCAAAAAACACUGGCAGGACACAUGCAGUAUUUAGAAUAGAGCUGGAGUAUGGAUCUGGUAUCACGCGGAUGAAAUGGGUUAUUUAUCGAGAGUUCCGUGACUUCUUUAAUCUGCACUCGAGAUAUCGUCUGGCAGACAUAAGCAACACUACAUUCAGCGGCAAAGAAGCUCAUAAAUUGCCAAAAUUUCCCCGAGCUACAAUUCCAUAUCUUAGAGGGGUGAGAGGUCUUGGGAGUGAUGACGAGGAGGACGAUUCUUCAGCAAGUGGCGGCGAGACUGCGACAGUGACAACAAGUCCGGGCAAGAAGCGACCGAAGCAUGCACGCCGUGAAUCAUCUUCAGUUGCAGGCGAACAUCUCAAUACCGGCAUUGCUACUGGUCUUGCUGCAGGGCUAGGAACACUAACUGCACCAAUCGGAGGUGCUGGAGGCAUGGGUACAGUGCCCACUGCUGGUAGGAAGGAGGGUUUCGCAAUAAAACAAAGGCAACAAUUGGAAGAAUACCUCCGACGGCUUAUUCGUAUCAUGAUCUUCCGCCCUGAUUCUAAUCGGCUGUGUAAGUUCUUGGAACUCUCUGCCCUUGGUGUUAGACUUGCAGCGGAGGACAGUUAUCACGGGAAAGAGGGGUAUCUCAUUAUCCGCUCCGCAAAGGGAAGUGAUUUUAGAAGAGUAUGGAAUCCUGCAGCAAUGGCAAAGCGACAUUCUCCAAAGUGGUUCCUGGUACGGCACAGUUAUAUUGUGUGUGUCGAUUCCCCAGAGGAAAUGAAUAUCUAUGAUGUCUUCUUGGUAGACUCUGAAUUUGAGGUAGACGCAAAGAAGUUCCUUAGGAAAAAACCAAAAGAUCUUGCAGUUGCCCCAAGUAACCCAGCCCAUCCACAGCAUCAUAGCCUCACCAUCAAGAAUGCCGAAAGACAGCUUAAGCUAUUGGCAAAAAAUGAGAGGCAACUGCAACAGUUUCAUGACAGUAUCGCGAACAUGAUGCAGUCUACGAUCUGGAGCGAAACUCAGAGAUUCAAAAGUUUUGCGCCAGUGAGAAAGGGCGUCUUUGCGCAAUGGCUUGUAGACGGUAGAGAUUACAUGUGGAAUGUGAGCAGAGCUAUCAGUAUGGCAAAAGACGUCAUUUAUAUCCACGAUUGGUGGCUGUCUCCAGAAUUGUACUUGCGACGACCUGCUGCCGUCUCACAGAAAUGGCGUCUCGACCGUCUUCUCCAAAGAAAGGCCCAAGAGGGUGUCAAGAUCUUCGUCAUCGUUUACCGUAACAUCGGCGCCGCGGUUCCUAUCGACUCUGCUUACACCAAGUAUUCGCUUCUUGAUCUCCAUCCCAACGUCUUUGUUCAGCGCUCGCCCAACCAAAUACGACAAGCCACUUUCUUCUGGGCCCAUCACGAGAAAAUUCUAGUUGUAGAUCAUAUGGUAGCCUUCCUGGGAGGUAUUGAUCUCUGUUUCGGGCGAUGGGAUACGCCACAGCACAGUUUAGUGGAUGAUAAACCAACUGGGUUUGAAGAAGGGAGUGGGGAUGGUGAUCCAGAGAGCUUUCAGCUCUGGCCAGGAAAGGAUUACUCAAAUCCUAGGGUACAAGAUUUUUACAACCUUGACAAGCCUUACGAGGAGAUGUAUGACAGGACGAAAGUCCCGAGAAUGCCGUGGCACGACAUCCACAUGCAGGUUGUAGGACAGCCUGCAAGAGAUCUAACAAGACAUUUCGUCCAAAGAUGGAACUACCUGUUGCGUCAACGUACUCCUAGCAGACCUACGCCUGUGCUACUCCCACCACCCGACUUUACUGACGCAGAAUUGCAGUCAUUGGGUAUCGAUGGAACCUGUGAAGUUCAAAUUCUUCGAUCUGCUUCCUCGUGGUCAUUGGGUACACCGAACACGACCGAGGCUAGUAUUCAGGCUGCAUACAUCAAAUCUAUCGAGCUAUCUGAUCACUUUGUGUAUAUUGAGAAUCAGUUCUUCAUUACUUCCACUGAAUGGGGCGGUACUGUUAUUGAAAAUAAGAUUGGUGAUGCACUCGUGGAGAGAAUUAUCCGGGCUUACAGGAAUGACCAGGAUUGGCGCGCAAUUAUCAUCAUACCCCUCAUGCCCGGUUUCCAGAACACAGUUGAUGCACAAGACGGAACAAGUGUCAGGUUGAUCAUGCAGUGUCAGUACCGUUCGAUCUCACGUGGGGAGCACUCAAUCUUUGGAAAGCUCCGAGCGCAAGGGAUUGAGCCCGAGGAGUUUAUUCAAUUUUACGGGUUGAGGAAUUGGGGAAAGAUUGGACCAGAGAAGGCACUAGUUACAGAGCAGCUGUACAUUCACGCAAAGUGCAUGGUUGUAGACGACCGCAUUGCCAUCAUCGGUAGUGCAAAUAUCAACGAGCGAUCUAUGAUGGGCAACCGAGACAGUGAAGUGGCAGCAAUCGUCCGAGAUACCGAUACGAUUAUGAGUACCAUGGCCGGACAACCUUACCGGGUUGGAAAGUUCCCGCAUACACUUCGGUUGCGGCUGAUGAGAGAACAUCUUGGGAUGGAUGUGGACGAGAUUAUGGCAAAUGAACAGCAGAUGGAUGCUGAAAUUCGGGAAAUGACGGAGGCGGACAACAACGAACAAUGGCUUGCUGAGGAGGUGAAGGCGAUAGCGAGGGCAAGAGCCGAAAACGACAACGACAGUCUUCUGAGUAGUUCGGCGGCCACCGAACCGGCGCCUGACCCCAAGCCGUGGGUUACAGUUACAAGCCCCUCGCCGGGACUGACAAAGAGUAAUAUGACAUUGAAGGAGGAGGCCGUAUUGAGGAGCGAGGAGUUGAGAAGCUUCAACCACGAUGUGGACUGGGAACAGGAGAAUAACCCCAAUAUCAAGACGAGGAAGAAGGAGACCACCGAUAACAGAAUCCACGGGAACGCGGCACAUAACAAGGACCUAGAGGGAUAUGGCUUCGAUAAGAUGAAGGAGAGAGAAUCGAAGGAGACUACCCGUGAGAAGGAUAAACGAGAACCGUCUACCUCAUCCCGUGCUGAGGUUGCCUCCCAGCAUCUCACUUCGCCUCGCAAUCUCACAAGCCCUACUCCUUCAAAUCCCAAAGAUUCGAACAGGACGCCCAGCAGAGGCUCCUCCUCGGGUGGUCUUGGGAACAUUGCGCUCCCACCGCCUCCUGGACCGGAGAGGAUGAACUCACAGGAGCUUGGACUUGCCCAGCUCUCACAACUUCCUCCCCUACCGGUCACGAGCGAUCAGGACAUUGGUGGCCCGUGCAUUAUCAACCGCCCCACAACAGCCGGCGGGGACGGUCCCAACAUCCCAGUACUUGAGGAUCUCCAUAUGCCCACCGUUACUCCAGAUAUGUUUGAAGAUCCACUGAAUGAGAGCUUCUACCUUGAUGUUUGGCACCAUUGCGCGGUGAACAACACGAAGUUGUACAGGCAAGUAUUCCGCUGCAUGCCCGACAACGAAGUCAAGACAUGGGCAGCAUACAAAGAAUACGCAGCCUACGGUGAGAGAUUUGCGCAGAGUAUGGGAAUGGACAAGUCAAAGAUGCGACGCCAACAGGAAGCCCAAGGGAAGACUGGCCCACCAGGCGGGUCUGACAUCCCGGGGAUGCCUCAAUUCGGAGACAACCUUGGGGAGAAGGUGGCGAAGGAUCUUGGUAUCAAACUGGACGGGAACAACAAGAACCUUGCAAUGGGGAACUUGAAGGACUGGACCACCCCCACUGUUGCAAACCAGGAGGAGCUGGAUAAGGUCCGCCGGGAUGACCCGCCGAGUGAGAAAAUCGAGUUCCAUCCGCCACAGCACGUACAGGAUGAAUUCACCGGUAACAGACCGCGAAGCACAUCACAUGCUUCUUCGCGUCUGAACACUGCGGUCACGACGGCCACCACAAGCACACUAGGGCCCGGCUCAAGUUGCUCUAAGGACUCCAAUAACAAGCCAGACCCGAACCUGCUUCAAUCCAAUGGGAACGGUAUCAACUUUUCCUCCAACACAAACCUCAACGGCGGAGUUGGAAGCACAAAGAGGAGGAGGAGAGGCACGACGAGGAGUAGCCGAAGGGAUUUCCACGCCAGCGAGCCGCUGUUGGACCGUGACACUGCCGAGAGGCUCCUGAACAUGACACAAGGACAUUUGGUUGUGUGGCCAUACGAAUGGCUCGCACGUGAGGAGGAGGGCGGUAACUGGUUGUACAGCAUUGACCAAUUGGCGCCUAUUGAGAUUUAUGAUUGA